AUGUACGGAAUCAUUGUCCACCAACUGUUCCAGUACUUUGUCAAAUACCCGAAAGAUCCGCUUUUCCUCAAAUUAUGGGUCAUUCUCGCCUUUGUCACUGAGACAACCACAAUCGUCAUCUCCAUGUUCGGGUCGUAUCACUAUUCGAUUGUGAACUGGACCAACCCCGAAAUUCUCGACGAGAGACCGCCAACUGCCAUUGUAAUUUUGCCCGUGAUUAUGACCAUGACACCGGUGAUCGUCGAACUCUUCUUCGCGCGUCGAGUAUGGCUGUUGGGGCCUAGGUACAGGCCGGUGGUCGUUAUUGCGUUUCUUCUUUUGUGCGGUUUCUUCGUACCAUAUCCGACUAUGGCCGUCUUGGGAUUCAACGAUCCGAACCCAGCUGUGUACUUCAAACGUAUCGCGAUGGUUUCGCGCAUCGCUGUCCCGCUUGUGGAAGUCGCCGAUUUGAUGCUCACGACUGUGCUCGUCUACGUUCUUCACAAGAGCCAUUCUGGGUUCCGCCGGACCGAUACGUUGAUAGACUUGCUCAUAAAAUACGUCGUGACGACCCAAUCUUCGAUAUGUGUCUUCUUGACCAUGACAAUGGUGCUGGCGAUGGUCUCCACGGAUACGCUAGUCUCGUUUGCUGCAGAGAUGUUCCUGUGCAAACUACAUGUCUGUGUGUUUUACACGACCUUGAACGUUCGCGAUAAGAUCAUCACGUUCAACGACAUCACUAGAGCUCCGGCUAUCAACAUGUCUAUGACAGGGCCUUUGAGCACCGGGCAUACAAUGAAUUUCGGAAGGCCAAGCAGAUCGGAGCAGGAUUUCAGUAACACCAUAGGGAGCACUCGAAUCCAGUUGAAGACGAUUGUGAGUGUUGGACCUGAAGGGAACAGGUCCACAGCGCCCCGUGCCGGUAUAGACACGGAAGACGUCUUCGACGAGGAACGCAAGGCCGCAGAGCUGAACGCGGCAGAAUGA